CUUGUUCUAACUUGCUAUCGGAAACAAAAGCCCUCACACCAUCGGAAACUAGGGUUUCUACUUUCAACCCCAUUUAUCUGUCAAGUCUUCUCUCUCUAGAAAACCUUAAAAUCUUCGUCGUCGGCGAUGCCUCAAGGAGAUUACAUCGACCUGCAUAGGAAGAGACAUGGCUAUCGCCCUGAUCACUUCGAGCGCAAACGCAAGAAAGAGGCUCGCGAAGUUCACAAGCGAUCCCAAAUCGCCCAGAAGGCAUUGGGUAUCAAGGGGAAGAUGUUUGCUAAGAAACGAUAUUCUGAAAAGGCUCAAAUGAAGAAAACAUUAGCUAUGCAUGAAGAAUCCUCAACUAGGCGCAAGGUGGAUGAUGAUGUUCAUGAAGGAGCAGUCCCUGCCUAUCUGCUUGAUCGUGAAACAACAACACGAGCAAAGGUUCUUAGCAACACUAUAAAGCAGAAGAGGAAAGAGAAAGCUGGGAAAUGGGAGGUUCCUCUACCCAAGGUCCGGCCUGUGGCAGAAGAUGAGAUGUUUAGAGUGAUCAGGUCUGGUAAAAGAAAAACCAAGCAGUGGAAGAGGAUGAUCACCAAAGCCACAUUUGUGGGACCAAGCUUUACUAGGAAACCUCCCAAGUAUGAACGAUUCAUCCGUCCUACCGGUUUGCGAUUCACGAAAGCACAUGUGACGCAUCCGGAGCUCAAAUGUACUUUCAAUCUUGAGAUAAUUGGAGUGAAGAAGAAUCCCAAUGGUCCAAUGUAUACCUCUCUUGGUGUUAUGACUAAAGGAACCAUUAUUGAGGUGAAUGUCAGUGAACUGGGUCUGGUUACACCAGCUGGAAAAGUUGUAUGGGGGAAGUAUGCGCAAGUGACAAAUAAUCCAGAGAAUGAUGGUUGUAUCAAUGGAGUUCUCCUUGUCUAGCAGCACACCACAAUCUUCUUUUUUUCUUUAUUUUUUGGUUAUAAAUUUUAUUGUACCUUUUGGAUCAUCAUAACUGGGAAAUUGAAUAUCAUUCAUUUUUGACUUGAGAACCAAGUAUAUGUAAUCUUGGGCAGUAUUGUUGAUGUAAGGCCUGUUUCCAACUUGAA